AACAUUUAGUCCCGCGUGCAGUGACGGAAGACGAAUUUUUGUUUGUCGGGCGGUUGGCAUGGCAAAGUUACACAAGGCACAAUUUGUUGUCUGAAGUGGUCGGAGGGGUGGGGGUGGGGGUGGGGGGGUGGGGGGGUUGCCUGUCGAGCGGUCAUGCCAUACCCAGCCGACUGCCCAACGUGAAAAGUUGGUUGGCCAGUUGGCCAAAGCGUCUACACACGUCCAGUUUGUCGGGCGGUCGGUCUGCCGGUUGGAGCAUGUGCAGAGGCCUUGUGGCUCGCAGGGUAGCUUGGGGCGAUGUGUGGAUAUUGUUUACCUCCGAGCGUGUGUGCACUUGGCGGCGACAGUCUGAGAGCGGCUUGAGUGCGGUGAGCUUCCAUGGAGGGGGAAGGUGAGGGGCGGGAGGAGCUGCUUCUCCGAAUGUCGCAGCUGCACCGCGUGCUCCAGCAGACGUACGAACAGCUGGACCUGCUGGAGGAGGAGCAGCAGCAGGGGAGCUACAGCCCGCUGGAGCCUCCAGGCGUCCAGUGUGGGGACGGGGCGCCCAGUGUCGGCAGCAGCUUCCAGACGAUGUCCAUCAUGGCGCGCCACUCCCUUCGCGGCCUCCUGCACCUCUCCAGACGCGUCUCCCUGAUGCGGCUGCGCCUCCUCAAGAGGGACAUCGAACUCGAGAUGGCCGCCACCGCACAGCACUUGGCAGACUUACUCGAAGCUGACUCGUCAGAAGGUGAAUCUUCAUCUUCAGCAGAGCAGAACAAAAGUGACGGGGGAUUCUCCACCGAAUCUCUGAAACAAUUUGCCCACUCGUCAGCUAGCGGUUCUGCCUCCUCACCGGGACCUCCAGCAAGAGAGAUAGGCGCGAAGAACGAAGAUCACUCGCCGGAAGAAUCGAGAAAGAACAACGUCAGACCACCAGUAAGAGUGACAGACUCGCCGUCUGCUGUUCCGUCGUUAAACAUGGCUGGGACGUCAUCCGGCAUGCAGUCAGGAGCCAACAACAACCAAGCAGACAAUCGAGAAGAUCAAAUGCAUUUCUCCGCAGCAACAAAUUCCGCAGCUGAUGGAGACCGAAAGGACAGCUCCCAGUCAGUGCCUCCUUCGGAAAUGGCCGUUCCUUCGACAGGCUUUCUUGCCUCAGUUGACACCAGUCAAAUACAGAUGCUGACCCCAACGCACGAUGUUCACUUGGAUGAUGACAAAACAUCAGCGGAAGAGAUGGCCAGUGUAGCGAGCGAGCUCAUGGCAGGUGGAUAUAGCUCAGCAGGUGCUGCAUCAGACCCACAGGAAAUUACAGAUUCUGAGUCGGCGGAUGUUCGUGCAGACGCUAAAGGCAUUUUCAAAACACACAUUUUCUCUACAGACAAUUCAUUGAGUUUUAGCAGUUCACCAGUAACUGGUAACUGCCGAGGAGGUUCUCUGGUCAGUGAAGAUAACCACAGGAGAGAACAUUCUGCUACGCAAAUCUCAUCAAACUGUCAGAAUGAAAUCAUUUCGUCAACAGUGGGAUUCAACUCUGAAACAGAUGAAACCUCUGUAAUUUCUCACUCAGAAAGUGGCAACUCUAACAAGCAAGACAGUCCCUUCUCAGCUGGCAAAUUCUUGGACAGUUCCCAUCUAGUGGGGUUUACUGUAUCACCCAGUAACUCGUCUGCAGAAGCUCAGAUUAAGGAAGGUACCAGCAGUAAGACAGAGCUUCCUCCUUGUGCGCACAUUUCACCAGGUUGUCAGGGUGAAACUGCGGGCUCCUCGUUAGUGGACAUUCGUUUCGAAACCCCUACUGAAAAUUCCACUGGACUUGGUCUGACACAAGCAAGUAGCAUGAAGGACCACUGCCGUGGAACAGAUGGUUCACCAAGCUGUCAAUACAAAACAGAACGUCCCGUUACAGUAGAUACCCAAUCACAAAUAAGUGUUGAAAUCAAGAAAGAGAGCCAGCCUAAAGGAGACACUUCAUCAGAAUCAGUGAGAGCAAGGUAUAAUUAUCAAUCGACGAAUACAGAUGCAAAUACGGAAAGAUACUCGUUGAGUGUUACGAACGAAGCUACCGCUGGUGAAGAAGGCACUGGGGAACUCCACAACUCCUCACCGAGAGGCUCAACUGAAAGAUCAUCCCGAAACUGGCAAUCCCCAUCAUCUGAGAGAGGCUUGCAGUCAGUCUAUUUCUCAGCUAGCCCACAUGUCAAGAGAGAGAGUGAAGUUGCUUCAGCCAAAUUACCAGACGCCCAGUGUUAUUCAGGAGGUUCGCUGUCAGUCAGAACGGAUUCAGAAGGAAGCCCCGAAUCAAUGAGCCAGGAGAUUUCUUCAGCAGCCAAAAUAUCACAUAGUCCGCAUAAAACGGAGGAAUCGCCAAAAACUGGGGCACAAGUGAAAAUAUGCCGCUUCUCAGCAAGCCCACAGAUGAUAGAGAAAUUGGGAAGUCCUCCAACAACGAAAUUGUCAGAUUCUCAUCCUGCUGGGCUUCAUUGUGAAUUAUUCCACAUCUCAACGAGUUCUCAGGCUAGAAAGAAACGGCGGAGUCCUCCUUCAACCACAUCACACCACCAGCAAGAAACUGAGGAUUCUUCUAGGCCUAGAACAAGGUUGAAGACACUUCGCUUCUCGACAAGCCCCCAGAGAUUGACGAAGCAGAAGAGACCUUUUGCAAAAAGGGCAUCAAGAGCUUGUCAGAAAGGUGAGGAUAAUCCACCCUCAGCUGGUACGCGUUCAAAAGCACUUCGUCUCUCAGCGAGUCCCCAGCGAAUGGUAAAACAGGAAAUCCCAUCUCCAACCACAUCACUGAAUUGUCAAAAUGAGGAGGGCCCUCCAUCCAGGACUCGUUCAAAAGCCGUCCGCCUCACGAGAAGCCUCAUAUUUCCAGAAGGAAGUAAGCGCGAAGGUGAAGCUAUUCCACAACAUCGCUACCCACGAUUUCAAAGCAUUGUUUCAACACCAGUGACAACACGCUCAAGAAGUUUUCUUAAAUUUCGGCAAAGUUUGCCUGUUGGAAACACGGUCUCGUCAAGCAGUUCGUCAGGGCGUCAGAGUGAAGUGGAAAUUUCUCCAUCGGUGGUCACUCGUUCUAAAGCAGGCCAAUUAUCCUCUGGACAUAAUCGAACGAAAUAUGUUAGCCAGUCACCCUCUAAGGUUUAUCCUUCAUCCGGCACACAACAAAAAGUUGAUCGGCUGUCGACUGGCGUUAAGAGCAAAAUAAGUAGCUCCUCUAGAGCACACAGUCUCUCUUCUCAAAAUAGUCCACCAGAGUUUCAGAGCAAAAAGAAUGGUUCUCUAUCAGCACGCAUAUGGCAAAAGGGGAGCAGUAUCUUUACUAGAGCUCACACUGAAAGAAACAGAACGACGAAAAAGCCCAAGCUUACUUCAACAGACAAUGUACACGAAACGUCUUCCGUUUCGUCUUCUGCUCAGGCAGAAGCCACCAAAAUUUCUGGAGAUGUUCCUGUGAAAAUCAGCAGUCAAUCCAAUACCGACAAGGUAUCAGCAGUAAGUACCUGUCACCGUGGCCCUGAAAUGGAUUCCCCAGCAGCCCACACACGUUUCAAGUUUUUGAACUUUUCGUGGAGAGCACGGAACGCAGAAAUAAAGGGUGCCUCAGAACAGCAGGCAAGUACUUAAGCAAAAUUAGCACCUCUGCCGACAACAAAUUAGCAGGCACAUAAAUCAAAGAUUGCGUCGGAACCGAAGGAGAUAAUCCUCGCUCAAAGGAAAAAUUAUUAGGUCGUUAUUACUUCGUAUUUCUAGUUAAUUCCCGAAAAAGAGGUUGCCACCCAUUUGGAUCUCUGACCAAAGAUAAUGUACCGCGUUACAUCCCCUGACUUAAUCAAACAUCUGUGUUAUAUCAGAAGAUUCUCUGACAAUGGAAGUGGCCCAAAAAAUGUUAUCGGUUCAUUUGGCAGUUCUGCAAGACCGCUAUGUAACGAGGACGAUACUUUUCACUGUGCACGCGUUUCUAAAGGAGGAGUCUAUGACUUGGUCAGCACGUGACAAUAGGAACUAAUAUGUAGAACACUGGUUGUCUCAGGUUAGGUUGAAAUAGUAACCUAGUAUAUGAGACUUCAACUUUUUUUUACUAUUUAACAUUUAUUUUAAACUAGAUUUUGUAUGAUGUCUUUAUAUUUGAAAGCAAUAUUAUUCAGUGAUGCGCCAGAUCUUGGCCACCAAUUUACUACUACAACUUAUUACUUUUUUAAUCCGUUUGAGAUUAGCGACUAACUUAAUAUCAGAAAUGGAGACAACGAAGUAGAUGAGCGAAGGAAUUAUGCUACCUAGGAAGCAAAGGAACAGGGAUGAAGCGACAAAGGUGUAAGAGGCAGACUAAGGCAGAUGCAGAGGGCAUUCAUGACCGAGAGAAGUCUACUAGUGUCAAACACCAAGAAAUUUCUAAGAAGGUAGAUCCGGAGCACAGCACCGUAUGGCAGCGAAUCGUGAACUCUUGGAAGACCGGAGAAG